GUACGGUCGGAACUAACGGGACUUUAACGGUGUAUCGCGAAACGGUGCGAUUUGAAUUGUUUUCCGGCCAUCUCCAGCCCAUGAGAGCUGAGCUGAGCAAAAACCGUGCAUCCAAAAUCAUCAACCAGAAUCCAAGAAAAGAAAAACGGGAAAUUUGUGUGAAAAGUCAAAGAGUGUGGAAAUGAAUCCAAAGCCAUAAAGUACGAUGUGCCCAUCUUAGAACCUAGAGAAUUCCAAACUUGAAAAUAAGUGGAGAAAAGUGCGUUUAAAGUCUCGCGGCGAAAAGGAAAACUCACACAAACACACUCCUCAGCCAACAAGCCGAAACUUGUUCGCAAUCAUUUGCGAAAUAAUUUAAAUCGAAUUCAAGCAUAAAUAAUUCGCGAGAAAGAACCACCAACGAGAAAUGCUCGCAGUGCAAAGUGUGAAAGGUUUCUGAGCCGGAAAGUAGGCAACAAAGUACAACCAGGAUAAACGGCAACCACAGCCCCUGCCCCACUGCAGUCUCCCUUGUCCGCUGACCUCAUCUCACCUGCAGGAUCGAGGGCUGGGUCAUCAUCAUGAGCAGGUCCUGCAGCCGCUCGCUCUCCCUGCCGCUCUGCCUGCUCGUCCUGUCCGCUCUCAAUGGCCAAGCGGCGGGGGCAACACGCGUCCGCGUCAGCUCCUCGACGACGAUGACAAGGAACAUCGAGGAGGAGAACGCCCUUAUGUUACUUUUAGCUGGACCCCCUGUCCUAUCCGAGUCCAUAAUGGGAACGGUUGGCCGCCUGCCCUGCAACGUCACACCGCCCAUAUACGAGGAUCGAGUGGCGCUGGUCAUCUGGUACAAAGUUGGCCUGAAGACGCCCAUUUACAGUGUGGACACACGCGACUCAAACUUUGCCCAGGGAACGCACUGGUCGGACGAGACUUAUCGGGAGCGACUCUCGUUCCACGUGGAAGGACGUGCUGGCACGCUGACCAUCAAGUCAACCACGGAGGACGACACGGGCGAGUAUCGCUGUCGCGUCGACUUCCAGAAGAGUCCGACUCGCAACUCCAAAGUGAAUUUAACUGUCAUAAUUCCGCCCGAAACAGUGAUUAUAUUGGACAGCAAGGGGGCAGCUAUCAAGGAUCACACGCUGGGCCCCUACAACGAAGGUUCCGGCAUCAACAUCACGUGCGUGGCCGUCGGCGGUCGCCCCCAACCGAGAGUCACCUGGCUGCACGGCAACACCGUCUACAAGGACGCCAGUGUCGGCCAGGCCUUGUCCGAGCGGCGGGUGGGUAAUGUUCUAUCCCUGCAGCGACUGGAGCGACGGAAUCUUCACAUGCAGCUAACGUGCCGGGCGGAGAACAAUAAUUUGACAACGCCAAUUAUCAGCAGCGUCGUUCUCGACAUGAACCUCCGCCCUUUGAUUGUGAAGCUGCAGGGAGAGAAUCGACCAUUGUCGGCAGGGAAUUCUUAUCAGCUCAGCUGCGUUGUCAUCGGAGCACGUCCAGCGCCGACGAUUACCUGGUGGAAGGGCAGUACCCCCAUGAAGAAUACUCAUGAGAUUGCGAAUCCGGAUGGAAAUAUGACCACCUCGGUGCUGACAUUCACGCCCACCAUCGAUGACCGCGGCAAGUUCCUGUCGUGCCGGGCCGAGCAGAGCAUGAUACCCGAGUCCGGAAUGGAGGAUGGCUGGAAAUUGGACAUCUAUCACAUACCCGUUGUGAGUCUGGAGCUGGGAACCAAUUCGCUUAACUCCACGCUACGCGAGGGCAUCGAUGUGUUCUUCGAGUGCAACAUCAAAUCGAAUCCCUGGAUAUACAAAGUUAGCUGGCGGCACAAUGGUGAGAUUCUGUCCAACAAUCCCGCCGAAGGCAUCGCCGUCUCCAACCAGAGCCUGGUGCUCCAAAAUGCCAGCCGGGCGAGAAGUGGCAUCUACACCUGUGUGGGCAGCAAUCGAGAGGGCGACGGCGAGAGCAAUCCCGUUCAGCUGGACAUACGAUUUGCACCUGUUUGCCGACCUCGCCAAAGGGUCUCGUACAGCUCGGGCAGGCAUGAAACCGUCAAGGUGGCCUGUGAAAUUGAUGCCAAUCCCGCUGAGGCCACCUACGUUUGGAAAUUCAAUGCAACCCAGGGCGAAACGGUUGACAUACCAGCUUCACAAGUGGCCGUGGAUCGGGGCCGCAGUAUUGCCCAUUACACGCCCAUGACGGAGAAUGACUACGGAACGCUGCUCUGUUGGGCCACCAACGAAAUUGGCGAUCAAAGUGAACCCUGCGUAUACACAAUAGUCCCAGCAGGCGAACCGGAUCCGUUGCUAAACUGCACGGUGCUCAACCAGACAUCGACGGGAUUCCAAAUCGAAUGCAUCGAAGGAUUCGAUGGAGGGCUGCAGCAGGACUUUAUAAUGGAGGUCUACAUGAAUGGAACGACACGACAUCCCAAAAUUUCCAAAUCAAAGCGACCGUACUUUGAGGUGAGCGGUCUGGUGCCGGGCAUGGGCUACAAUGUCUUCCUCAUCGCCCAUAACAGCAAAGGCCGUAGCAACGCCACCAUUUUGCAGGUCUACACGCUGAAGGAUCCGGAGAAGCAGACGGUUAAAAUAACACUCACUAAGUCCUUUCAAGGACUUAGGCCUGCCUAUCCUAAAUCAAAAGCGACAGCGACCACGACCAGCGACUGCGUUUGCGAUGAGGACGAGUUCCUUAAUCUGGGCAAGGGAUUGGGCCACGACGAGGGCAUAGACGUUGACCAGCAAGAAGACCUCUCGUUGGCCUAUGCGCCCGUCAUCGAGGACAUCCGGCCAUUCCUCGGCAUUCUGGCCGGCAUCGUGGGCAGCGUUUUCCUGGUGGCCCUCAUCAUUGUGAUUGUGGUGCGUGUACGCGGCUCUUCGGGGCGCGAUCGCAAUAAUUACUCGCAUCCGGGCAGCGGCGUCGGCGUGGGCGGCACCACCGGCAAUGGCAGUGGACUGGGCGGUGGAGGCGGCGGAGUGGGCGGCACCACCGCCAACGGGAACGGGAGUCUGGGCCUGCUGGCCAGCAACAACAAUGGCAGUCUCGUCAUCGGUACACUGGGCCACAAUGGUGGGCAAUCAGUGCAGGAUAUGCACCGCAUUGGCCGGGAGACGUGCCAUGUGACGAGCAGCCUGGACAGCAUCGACAAAAAUCCAGACAUCAUACCGCAAGACGGACACGACCUGGACGAUGAGUGGACGACAAAGGGUCAUGGUCGCGCUUACGCCACGGCGGCGUUGGCCGAGCAGAAUGCCGUGAUUACCUCCGGCACCUAUGAUCACCUGAUGCCCACGUACGCCGUCGUCGACAAGAAGACAGCCCCGCCCCCCGGCCAUGGCCAAUACAUUCAGUAUAAUACGCUCAUUCCUGUUAGCAAAAUGGGCGCUUAUGCCAAUCAACAGCAGCAGCUCCAGCAGCAGCCGCAACAGAAGACUGAACUCAGCUACAGCGAACUGACCGCUCCACUGGUAGGCGGUCCGGUUGGCGUUCAGCGGAUGGCCCCCUAUUGCAGCGCAACCUUGGGACGGCCGGGCAGGCAGACGGAACUUAAGCGGGCGGAGCCGAACAUCUACUCGCAGAUCGAUCUGGCACAUCAUCCCAUGCCCAUGUACUCGACGAGCCCGAUGUUUGGCACGAACAGCACCAUCACCGGAGUCACCAUGUCGCAUCCAUCACAAUUGGCCACCUUCUCGCCGACGCCGCCGCCGCCCAUCUUCACCCACAGCAUGGUGACCACCGGCGAUGGCCUCCUACAGCCGGUGACGUGCAUGGGCCUGGUAGCAACAUCUUCGGCAGGGGCAUCGGUUCCUGGUUCGGUUCAACUUCCCCCGCAGCAGCAGCAGCAGCAACACCAGCAGCUGACAGCGGCCAAUGGCGGAAACGGAAGCAUCGUCGGCAUGGGCAUGAGCCUUUAUGGCAGCGAUGUGGGAAAGCCACAGCUGCUGAAGACUGUGCCAGAAGAGGUGCACCAUCAGCUCAACGGCGAGGAUGUAUUGAUCGCCCAGGAUCGCAAUCUCGGAUCGGGAACUCGCUUCUGACGCUAAGCUCUGGGCCACGAUGAGCAACUAAUCUGAAGUCGAAGAAGCCAGAGAAGCCAGAGACAGGAAAUGCAAAUCAAAAGAGAUAACUACAGAAAAUCGGGGAAUAAUUGGUAAACAAAUUGACUAUAAGUUGUAUGUGAUGAGCCAGAAAGAAAGUAAGCGAGAAUGGAGUUGAUUUUAAAGCAGAGGAGGCACUCUUUUAAGACAGCAAAAGCAAAAGACAUUAUACGAGGAUACCCAGUGUAUGGCAUACCCUGUAAAAAGAUAACAAUAAACUGUGCAUGUAAAUUGUUCGAAGCAAAGUGAAGCUCAGCAUAGGAAUCCAUUAGGCCUAAGGAGACAUGUAAAUUACGGAAUACAAUUACACACUUAUAGCUAUAAUUAUGACUAACAUUAAAUCGAAGGAAAAUGAAGAACACUGAAUUGUUAAUAUAUUUUUAAACAACAGCUUUAAGCGCCAAAAGAAAGAGAAUUAUAUAAACUUUUAGCUAAGUAAACGAAUUCAUACUUGUUGUUGACCUUAGUUCGAGUAACCUAGCUCCCCCAUUACCAUUUAGCUUGUAACUUAGGCGUAACUAAGGCAUUUACAACAUCUAAAUCAAAUUCAUCUAGCUGUAAGCUCUGACUUAGCAUAGUUCAAAUUGUAAUAAAAACGAUCGUAAAGAAUUUAAAAUGAAACACUAACCCUAAGCUAACUACAUAAUGAACGAUUAAUAAACGACUCAAAUUAGCAAAUCCAGUUUGCAUUUUAUACGUAACGAACUACCAGAAGGAAAACUCGAACGGCCGGAAAAUGCCUGGGAAAGCGAGUUCUAGUUUAAGGAGAAAUGCAUUAAAAUAAUAAUAAAAAAAAAACUAAAAGGCUAAGCAACUGCAUGUAAAAUAUUUAACUGAGUACUAGGCUAAAGUUAAUAAAUUAAA